UUUACUGGGAAUUUCAUCUGUUUUGGAGUAUCCAUGAAGCAUCAAGUCAUCAAGAUAUGUUAUUAAGAAUUCUUUCUCAAGACUACACAGUUGUCAAGACUACACAGUUGAAACCAGUACAAGAAAGAAAAUAAAAAAUGAUAUUUAACUCUGGAGUAACAUAGUGACAGUGAUAUCUGGAGUGACAUGAUAAAAUGGCAACAGGUGUUAAAGGACUUUUAGUUUGGUGUAAGAAUAUUACUCAACAUUACGAAAAUGCCCCAGUUAGUAAUAUGACAACAUCAUGGAGAAAUGGGCUUGCUUUUUGUGCCAUUAUCCAUUAUUAUAGACCUGAUCUUAUAGAUUAUUACAGUCUUGAUGAAAAAAAUGUGGCUGAAAAUAAUUCACUGGCAUUUCGUAUUGCAGAAGAACAAUUUGAUAUCCCAGCUUUAUUAGAUGUUGAAGACAUGGUUAAAAUGAGUGUUCCAGAUAGAUUAAGUAUCAUGACAUAUUUAUCGCAAUACUAUAACUAUUUCAAAGAUAAAAUGCCAGGUGAGUCUUCUCGUUCUUCAAGGAAGAGACCAAAUGAAUGGUCUCAUAGUUUACCUGUUGAAAAACGACCAACAAAUGUUCAAAAAACAUAUACAGAAAAACAAUUAAAUGCAUCAUACUGUUUUUCAUGUGGGAAAGUAGUUUAUCUUAUGGAAAAAGUAGUAGUUGAAGGUUUUAUAUUUCACAGAGUGUGUUUUAAAUGCAAUGUAUGUGGAAAUUUAUUAAAAUCUACAACCUACAAGUUGAGUGAAGAUAAACAUUUUUGUUGUGAAAAACAUUCUUCUGAAAAAGUUGAGAAACCUAAAGAAGUGAUUGAAUUUACUGACAAUUCAAAGAGUGCAGAAUGCUUAAAAGAAGAGGAGAAACAAAUAAAUAUUUCACCUUUUAGAAGAAAUGAGGUAUUCACUCGGCGUGGUCUUCGUCCUCAGUCUACCCCUGUUGAUAUUCAAUGUCAUCCAUCCUAUUCAAUUAAAUCAGGGGAAAAUGUUCUUCAGCCAACAAUACCUUCAAUCCCAAAAGCCAAAUCAUACUUAGCAAAUAUAUUAAAAAAAAAAGAAAUUGAAGAAAAUAGUCUAGAAUUUAAUAAUCCUGCUUAUCAACAUCAUUUGGAAUUGUCAGCUUACAUGAAUAGACUUAACCAAAGUGAACCUAAUUUAGUUCAUGUUAAUGAAAAAGCAACUGAAUCAGUUAUAUGCCACAAAAAUGUAGAAACCCAAAUUUCAAGUGUUUCACCCACCCUAGGAGUUUCUCUAUCAAAAGAUAAUUUAAAUUCAUUUGGAGAAAAUUGUGAAAAAAUUACUGGCAUAGCCAGCUCGCCAAAGAAACCUGAUAAUUUUCUAUCUGCUAAGGAAAAUUGUGAGCAUAUUGUUGACAGCCAGGCAAUCAAAUUGCCAGAUAACUUGUUAUUUUUUAAAGGAGAUUGUGAACAGAUUACAGAUAUGAAAAAUCAUAAAAAGAAAUUAGUAUUGAAAAAAAAAAAAAAAGGUGCGCGCAAAGAAUCAUUUUUAAAUCAAAAAUCAACAGAAAAUGAAUUUACAUCAAAUGCUGGGUCAGCAUCUUGUGAAGAAACAUCUGAAUUUUAUGAAUCAAGUUGCCAUAAUUAUGAAAAUAUUACCAGUUUUAAAGAGAAUGCCAUUAUUUCUAAUCAAGACAGCGAAUCUUUGGUUCAAGACAGCCAACCAUCAGAAAAUGAUUAUGAACAAAUUAAUUAUUUUGAAAUAAAAUCGACAUCUAAUGAACUUGAGGAUUCUAAUAAAAACUUAGAAAAUUUGAAGACAACAAACGUAUUUUUAAAUGAAAGCAAAAUCAUUGAAACUAAUAAUUUAAUUAAUACUGAGAAUAUUUUAAAUAAAGACGAAAAAAAUAACAAAUUAAGAGGCUCUAAAUGUUCUGAAAAGUCAAACAAUCCAUUUGAAAGUUCUGAUUCUGAACCAGAUAAAGAUUUUUUAGAAAGUUCUAAACUUAGUAGCUCUAAUCCUUUUUUAGGUUCAGUUGACAAUUUGUAUGAGAAUGAUUUUGCCAAUAGCAGUUCAGAUGCUACACUUAAUCCAUUUCUUAGUGACUCAGAAAAUCCUAAUUACUCUAACCCAUUCUUAUGUGGUUCAUCUGAUGAAGAUGAAGCAGUUAUGGCUGUUAAUAAUGAUGGUUUUUCCAAAAAACCUGACAAACCAACAAUAAUUAGAUCACAAUUAAAUUCAAGUAAGAAACGUAUGGCACCCACCCCUCCUGUGCGUGUUUUAAAUGAUAAACCCACUGUAGUUCCGAGACCAUCUGUAAGAAAUAUAAAGGAUGUGUCGUACCCUACUGCAGACCCCAGGCUUUCUCCAUGUAAUUCAACAAGCGUUUCUGAAUAUUCUUCAAGUCCAAACCUUUCCAUAAGUAAUAAAACAUUUGUUAAAGCUCCAAGUGUCAAAAAAAGAGCCCCAAAUCCACCCCUUAAAAAUACUGAAAAAUCUCUUAUGAAUGAAAAUGUUGAGAAAGUAAAGACAAUAAUAGAUAAUGUAUUAGGUUCUUCAGUUCCUUCUCAAAAUGUUCAGGAAUCAGAUAAAAACAUCAACCAAUCAAAACACACUGAGAAUAAUUAUGAAAAAAAUGAUCAUGAUCAAAAUGUUAUGAAAUGUUCAAAUGAAAAGGAUACCUGUUUAGAAAAUCUUACUGUAAAUAAAAACAUAGAUUCAUCUAGACAAAGCAGAAGUUCAUUGAGACAAAGUAAUCGUCGAAAAGCACCAGAACGCCCGGCAAAACCACCUGUUACUUUUGAAGAAGAUAUUGCAGAGCAUGAACUAAUUUUGAAAAAAAAUUUGAGCAAAAUUGAAAUUAUUGAAAAUGAGCUAAGUCAUAUUGAACAACAUCAAGGAAUUUUAGAGAUGGAAGGAGUUGAAAUGGAAAAAAAACUCAGGGAAUGUCAAACUGGCGAACAGGAAGAAGCAUACCUCAUAGAAUGGUUUCAAUUGGUGAACAAGAAGAAUAAUCUGCUUCGUAAAGAGAAUGAGCUUAUUUAUAUGUUACAAGAUAUUCAACUGUUAAAUCAACAGAGGGAAAAGGAAUUUCAAUUGAGACAACUAAUUUUAAAACCAGAAAGCAUGCGCAGUAAAGCAGAUCAACAACUUGAAAAUCAGUUAUUAGAAACAAUUUUGUUAUUAGUAUCGAAAAGGAAUGCCAUUGUAGAUAGGCUGGAAGAAGAUAGGCUUAAGGAAACCGAAGAAGACACUGAAAUAAACACAAUGAUAAAUGGAUUGAGUUCUCCGUCGAAAAGUGUUGCACCUGCGUCUGUAAAAUCUAAGACCAAGGAAAAGAAGAAAAAGAAAAAAAUUAAAAAUUUGAAAAAAAAAUAAUAUUCACUCUUCACAGAUGUUUUUGUCAAUAUCAGUCACUCAUCACAAGUUCGUCAUCACUCGCCAUAAAAUCUUUUACAUUUUAAAUUUUUUUUGUAAAUAUACACGUAAUUUAUUUUUAUAAAGUUGUUAAGGUUAAAAUAGGUAUUCCUUGUAUUGUUACAAUAAUACUGUAAAUAGGUUUUAAAAAUAAUAAACUUUUCUUAAAUUUUAUAUUUAUUA